GAGGGGCGUAUUGGUCUAGGUCAGCCUAGGCUACAGGCGUGCGUCGUGCGUGCAACACGCAUACCAAAACAAGUGACGGUGCGCGACGACGACGCCCGAACGGGCACGAGGGAGCGCUUUUUUCGAGGGAGAUCGGGUUGGCGUUGGGACGGAGAUAGGACGUGGGAUAAACAAGUCGUUGGCAUGACGACGGUAUUUUAAUGUGUCAGCUGUCACUCGAUGGAAAUAUUUACUUUGUGUGUGUGGUUUUUUUUAUCGCGACGAGCCGGCAACGCCGGAGGAAAUGACGUUUGAGCCGAGCGAAAACACAAUGGAGACGACGGAGAAAAUUUUCACGCUUGUUGACAAAGAGGGGCUAUAAAUUUGCAACGUGUGCGACGGAGACAUAAAUAAUUCAUGCGCGACCUACAUCUGGCUUUUUCGGUGGGGCGCAACCACAAAGGAGCGCAGUUCACGUGCGAACAUGUCCGGAUUCGAUGACACUUGCAUUCAAAGUUAUCAGAGAGCCGAUAUUCUACAUAUUUUAAAUAAGAAAAUUCAUUAACGUAUAGUCGAGGGCACAGAGGGCGCUGUUGCGCAGACCGACAAAAUAGUGUCAGGGUGCUACUAGAUGUCACUUUUUAAACUUGUUAAAUAAAGUCACAAGGUACUUUAACAAGUGACCCGGAAUGGAAUGCAGUACACAAGGAUAAUGAAUAGUAAAUUCUUUAACGUAUAUUUGCGACCAAAUUCUAAACUGUCAAAAAAAAGAGACAUUUUUUACUUCUCAAGCAUAAGUUAAUAAAGUAUCGUAAUCGAGUCAAUCGGACGACUAGCUGCUUUCAUGUUUUCUCGACGCUUCUUGACCUCUACAGUACGAAGAAAUACUGGACCGAUUGUUGUCAAAUUCUUUCACCAAAAUGAGUUUGAACACACUAAUCGAAGCAGCAAAGUUUCUGGAAAUGCAAGAACAGAAGGAGCAACAGCAGCGCGCCGCAGAGGCGGGAAGUUCGAAGUCGUCGCCUAGUCAAGGCCAGACCGUGCAAAAAACCUCGCACGUGCCCGCCGUCUUGAUCACCUCCCCCGACAUGGCCCCCAACUUACUCACGCUGGCGCAGGAGACCUUGAAGAAGCAGCCCCAAGCCGAGCAACAACAGGUGGUGUCCAGCACCGUCCCCCAGCCCCGCCACCGCAUCCUCCACAACAGCUUCGACAUCAUGAACCCCCUCGUGAUCGACGAGUCCGGCGCCGAGGUCAAGCGGAAGCAGCCCCCCAUGGUGUUCCGGGCCGGCACCAGGGAGGUCCACAACAAGCUGGAGAAGCACCGGCGGGCGCACCUCAAGGAGUGCUUCGACGUCCUGAAGAAGCAGCUGCCGCAGACCCAGGACGAGAAGAAGACGUCCAACUUGAGCAUCCUCCAUUCGGCCUUGAGGUGCAUCCAGUCGCUGAAGCGGAAGGAGCGGGAGCUGGAGCACGAGAUGGAGCGGCUCGCGAGGGACAAAAUCGCCGCCCAGCAGAAGCUCGCCGUACUAAAGAAAGACAUCCAAGCCCACUACGACAACGUGGACUUUUCGAAAAUCCUGCCCGAGGUGGUGCCGGUGACGACCGCCUCGCAGACGAUCACGAGCGACGAGAUCAAGGUGGAGGCGGUGAGCGGCCAGAACGGGGACAGGAUCCAGAUCCCGCUGCUGCCGAACAAGACGCAGAUCUCCAUCGCGACGACGCAAGUGGGGACGAUCAAGGAGGUGACUCAGCCAGUUCAGACGACCGCGCUCUCGGUGCUGCCCGUGGGCUACUCGGUCCCCCAGGGGUUGGUUUUGCAGAAGUUGAUCGUCCCGAAAGGGUUAACCGAACUGACGCCCCUGGUAUCGACUCAUUUUAUUACUCAGCAGCAAAUAAACGGCAAGGUGGUUCCGCUGGUGAACGCCCAGUACGUGGUGAAGCCGGUGGUGGUUGUGAGCAGACCCAGCUAGUGGCCUUGAAGGGAUGAAACGGCCCCUCUUGUAUGAUAGAGCGUAUGAGUGUUGGCGUGGAUGUUCUACUAAUAUGUGAUUUCUAUAUUAUUUACGGUGAUUUUUUAAUUUUGUUUGGGUGGUGGGAGCGCCCGCGUUCGUUGUCAAACGAGUUUCUCACAUUCCAUAUUGAUUUUUGCCGUCGAGACUUGGAUUGUUUUUAGCCCUAGGAUCUAGUCAUUUUAUUGCGGUUUUACUCAAUUUUUUGUGGGCGGCAUUUUCGGAGGUGUUUUAGGUCUGAAAAGGUCGCACACACGCCAAUCGGAACGCGCAGUCUCCGACCACCCACAGCAAGGGUCUGGCCCUGUUCUUAGAUCUCUAGCCUUGAUGUAUUACUUUUAUUUUAUAUUAUGUACUGUACAUUAACGAAAAACGUAUAUGUUCGAGGUUCUAGUGAGUGUAUUGCGAAUGAAAUUUGUAAAUAAUUAGUUUUAAACUGUACAAAAUAAGGUUAAGACGAAAAUUGUAUUCACUCUAUUCUAUGUUUAAUACAGAGCAGGGUUGUGUCUCUGCGAUAGGACAGUAAACGGUACUGUAGAUGCAACAAAGGCAGAAGUCAGUCAAAUAACAAAAACGCAAAAAAAAGUUGAUGUAAUAAAUUAUUUAAAACGAA